AUGAAUUCUGAGAAGGUUGAUAUUGUGCACGCACAAGGUAAAGCUUCUAGGUCAUAUGAUUCUAAUAUGGAUGAAGAGGUAAAGUAUCUAGAUAGAGAGUUGCCAAAGGAUCUGAGAGUGGUGUCCAUGAUUAAUACUGUUGAUGAUGUUGCAGUGACUGUGCCUAGUGAAAAGAGACUUGGGGUUGAGACAUUAGCAGUAAUUAUCCUAAACUUUAACAGCGAUGGCAUUAAUGAGUAUGAUGAAAUAGAGGCAGUAAAGAAAGAUAUCAUCAAGUAUCGAGAUAUUGGAGUGGUUUACCCCAUUGCGGACAUCAAAUAUGAGGAGUAUAAUUUGGUGCUUAGUUGGGAGAAGUGCAUUUUUAUGGUGAAGGAGUAUAUUAUUCUUUGUCACAAAAUGUCAAAGCAGGGGAUUGAGGUGUACAGAGCAAAUAAAGAGGCGAUGGAAGAUGUACCACCUCCGGUUUUAGUCAAAGGUAUUCGAAGCUUUUUAGGUCAUGCUGGGUUUUUUAAGAGGUUCAUCAAGGACAUCUCUAAAAUUGCUAAUCCUCUAUGCAAGCUUUUAGAGAGGGAAGUGAAAUUUGUAUUUGAUGAUGCAUGUCUCAAGGACUUGUGUUCUUUAACACACGAUUGA